AUCAAUACAUCUCACUUCGAAUCUCAACAUAAGAAACUUUUAACAAUGAAAUCACAAUUCCAUUUAUCUCAUUAACACAUUUCAAUUGUAAUACUUUUAUAAUGUUUUUCAAAUUUUAGAAAAAUUUAUCUUGGCCCGCCAAACUUGUUUUUUCGAUUUUUCAUCCGCGGCCAAAAAAAGUUUGCCCCUUGGUUCCUCCUAUUCUAACCUCCUUGGUUUGCCCAUCCGUACCUGGCUUGUUGAUUUUGCACUGGAUAAAUUUGCAGGUUUUUCUCAGUAGAAUCUUACAAUUUGCCAUGAUUCUCAAAAAUCUGAAAUCCCAGGAUAAAUAGCUAUAGCUUGCGCUGCAGUUUAAAGACUUAUUGAAGAUCUGGAUUUGUAAAUUUUCAAUUUUCAGCUACGUGCUGAGAUGACUGUGUAUAACCCCAGCCAAACUAGAUGGCACCACCUCUCGGGAGGUAGUGUUCGGUCGCCUCUUUGCCUUUGCCCAUCGUGAAAAUGUUCUAUGAACAAGGAAUUCCUGAUAAUGUUUAUUUUUAUGCUUGCUGUUGGCUAUUGUAUAUCUUUUAAAGUUUUUUUUCUUUAAAUAUAUAUAUUAAUUUCUAAACAGUGUAUACAUACUCAUGUGUAAACUUCCUGAAAUCAAUGGUAGACUUGCAUUACAUGAUAAUUGACAAUAAUAUGUACCUGAAUAAGAAAUUAUAUAUCUGUAAAACAAAGUCAAAAUUUUAUUGAAGUUAUCAUGGAAAUAAAUUCAUGCAUGUGUCACACACCGUACAAGUCUUCAGCAUAAUGUACUGAGAGUUUAUAAAGCGAAACAUCCAAGUACUUCUGUCAGAUUUUUGUUAAAGAGCACAUUUUAUAUUCAUGCUGAGCAUGCACAUUAUUGUAAGUUGUGUUGCAAGUUACAUGAUAUCAAGGCUCUCAGUUAUCAACAUAAUGCUUAAUUUUCUAGUUCUAGAAGAUAUGUUUUGAAAAAAGUAAUAUUUUAAAAGAGGCCAUGCAUACACAUACAAACGAAAAACAUCAGUGCGAGGGUUUUAACAAAUCAUUUACACAAAAGAGCGAUUUAAUGAUGAAUAAGCUCAUUCACACAAGAGAAAAACUUUAUGUGUGUGAAGUAUGUAAAAAGUUAUUCAGUCACAAGUAUAGAUUGAACUAUCAUAUGUUUAUUCACACAAGAGAGAAACUUCAUGUGUGUGAAGUAUGUAAGAAGUCCUUUAGUUAUAGGUCUAAUUUAAAUGUGCAUAUGCUUAUUCACACAAAAGAGAAACCUCAUGUAUGUGAAGUAUGUAAAAAGUCAUUUAGUCGAAAAAAUAGUUUAAACGAUCACAAGCUUAUUCACACAGGUGAGAAACCCUGUGUGUGUGAAGUAUGUAAAAAGUCAUUUAGUCAAAAGCGUCAUUUAAGCAAACAUAUGCUUAUCCACACAGGAGAGAAACCUCAUGUAUGUGAAGUAUGUAAGAAGUCAUUUAGUCAAAGAGGUAGUUUAAACUAUCAUAUGCUUAUUCACAUAGGAGAAAAACUUUAUGUGUGUGAAGUAUGUAAGAAGGCAUUUAGUUAUAAAUGUAAUUUAAACACACAUAUGCAUAUUCACACAGAAGAGAAACCUCAUGUGUGUGAAAUAUGUAAGAAAUCAUUUCAUCGAAUGAAUAGUUUGAAUGAUCAUAUACGUGUUCACACAAAAGAGAAACCUUAUGUCUGUGAGGUAUGCAACAAGUCAUUUAGUCACAAGCGUAGUUUGAGCUCCCAUAUGCUUUUCCAUACAGAAGAAAAACCUCAUAUAUGUGAAGUAUGUAAGAAGUCAUUUAGUCACAAGCGUAGUUUGAACUCACAUAUGCUUUUUCACACAGGUGAGGAACCUCAUGUGUGUGAAUUAUGUAAGAAAUCAUUUGGUCACAAACGUAGUUUGAAUUCUCAUAUGCUUUUUCAUACAGGAGAGAAACCUCAUGUGUGCGAAGUAUGUAAUAAAUCAUUUAGUCAUAAGUCUAAUUUAAAUGUGCAUAUGCUUAUUCACACAAAAGAGAAACCUCAUGUAUGUGAAGUUUGUAAGAAGUCAUUUAGUCACAAGGGUAGUUUGAAUUCCCAUAUGCUUCUUCACACAGGAGAGAAACCUCAUGUGUGUGAAGUUUGUAUGAAACCAUUUAGUCAGAAAACUAGUUUGAACUCCCAUAUGCUUCUUCACACAGGAGAGAAACCUUUUGUGUGUGAAAUAUGUAAGAAAUCAUUUAAUCGCAAGUGUAGUUUGAACUCCCAUAUGCAUUUUCACACAGGAGAGAAACCUUAUGUUUGUCAAAUAUGUAAGAAGUCAUUUAGUCAGAAGCGUAGUUUGAACUCCCAUAUGUUUUUUCACACAGGAGAGAAACCUUAUGUUUGUGAAGUAUGUAAGAAGUCAUUUAGUCAGAAGCGUAGUUUGAACUCCCAUAUGCUUCUUCACACAGGAGACAAACCUCCCAUGUGAUAUAUAUAUAUGAAGUCAUUUAGUCAAAAAAAAAAAAAAAAAUAGUUUUAAUUCCCAUAUGUAUUGUUACACAGGAGACCCUUAUGUGUGUGAAGUAUAUCAAAAGAUAUUUAAUCUUAACUUUAAUUUAAAUAUGCAUAUGGUAAUGAAAAGUAAGAGAAACCUUUUGUGUGAAAAAUGUAAAAAGUCAUUUAUGUCACAAAGUAGUUCGAGCUACCUUAUGCUUAUUCACACAAACCUAUGCUUGUAACAAGCCAUUUAUAUAAAAGGGUUAUUUAAAUAAGCCUAUAUCUUAUCAGACAGCAGCAAAGCCUGUGUGUGGGGCAUGUAAAAAGUCAUCUAUAUGAAAGGAUGUCUUAAGCAUGCACAUGCACGUAAGAGAAAGAUCUCAUAAGUUAUGAUUCUAUCAAGUUUUUUGGGGGAAAAAAAAAAACUUGAUGAAGCAUGCUAAUCUACACAGAAGAUAUAUUUCUUAUUUUUGAGCAUGUGCAAUUAUAAAGAACUUUUACUCACCACUGCAGUGAGAAUUUGUGUAAGUACAAAAUAAACCUCAUUAUGUGAAGUAAAGGCUGGUUUAAUGGCAUAAUUCUUAGGAUUUUGAGAGGUGCCCAGUGGCAGAAUUCAGGAUUUCCAGACAUUUUGGGCAGUGACAUAAAGUGUAUUGCUGAUCUUGUGUGAGAUGUUGGUCGACCUUCUUCUGGUCUUCUCGAUAUGGAUUCAGUGCCCUGAAGACUGUGGAAGUUACAUUGAGCUCUGCAGCCAUCUGCGUUUGUGACUGGCUUACCUCCAAUCUGCGGACAAUUCUACAUCUCAUUCCAUCAUACUAUUUUCCUGGCUGAUCAUUUUACCUGAUGCAUUAUAAAAAUUUACCCAAUGCAAUUUACCUUGCAAGAAACACGGCGAAUGUAGUAAAGGAGUAUGAGCACACAAAUUGCUGAAACUCCCUCAUGUGCUUAUAUAUCCUGCAGUCAGCUCCGGAGACAAGUGGAUUCUUAGGCUUAAAGACCCUGUCCUGUGGGAGCAUUCCUUUCCAUUCUCCUCCGUCCCGAGGGAACAUCUUGAAUGAAGGCAUGCUGUCUUGAAAUGGUUGAAAAUACGAAAGGAAGGAACAUACAUUUCCAGGCAUUCUCCUGCAAGGUAAAGUGAGACUGUACAAGAGGAUCAGUCAGGGAAAACAACGGUGACUGAUGAUCAAUAGGAGUUCAUAUCAUCCAAUAGGAGAUCAAUAGGAUAACGGUGACUGGAGGCGAAAAGAGAUUGAAACCAUACAGCGGGCAAUAUUAAUAUUGCUCAGCAGUGGCACACGACAAUCAGCCCCAAUAGCACGCCGACGUCGUUGUGACAUUGCAAACGUGUCACGCUAUGGUGCUUUCAAUGUCGCAGUAACAUUGUAGGAAUGGCUUAAUGUCCCCUUUUUGCGACGUUGAUGUGAAGUCACAUUGGGGCAUAGUUUUGAAGUCUUACUAUGACAUUGAUGCGUAGUCACGCUGUGACGUUGUUGUGAAGUUACAGUGUGAUAUUAUUGUGAAGUCACACUGCGACAUUCAUGUAAUGACUUAUUGUGACUUUAAUAUAACGUGUUAGAUUGACAUGAAUGCAACAUAAUAAAGUGCCAUGGAUGUGAUGUCAGUAAA